AUAUUUGUGGCAGUGCGUUUUUAUCGUUUCAGGUUUCGUUUCGUUUUGAACACCCCGAUUGAUUGUUUGAUUCGUCUUCCUUAGACCCAUCCAUCGUUGUGGUUGUUGCCCUCGCCCAUACGUUGCUGCUGGCGCUCCGAGGCACUCCCACCGCCCCUUUGGAUCAUGAACGGGACCGAUUGGGAACGAAKGGAUAUCGUCGAGUUCUGGCUGAGCUUGUGCUUGGCGCCAAAUCCACCACGUCCCCCGACUCCGUUUCCACGCUUGACGGGAAUCAGAGACCCCGCCGAAAAGUCUUUCUUGAGCCCACCGUUACUCUUGCUCUUGGUCAGAGUGCCAAAGGAAGACGAAGAGGAUCUACUGACCGCGUUGAAUCUUCGGUUCUGGGCUUUAGCGGUACCCACGCUCAUGCUGUGUCGGGAGGAUCCCAACAUCAAGUGAUCCGCCGAAGCGUGCCUCUGCGUGAUUCCCGUCGAUUGGUAAAUGUCCGCACCGCCCGACGAAAGAUUCGAAGCACUACUGCUAGUAGAAGUAGUCCMGUGUUCACUGCGAGAAUUCAUGAGGUUGUUUGCCUUGUUUGAUCUCUGGUGGCGGCUACCUCCCGGUGCCAUUUGCAGCAUCAUGCUCUGGCGAAUGGACGAGGACAGUGAGCUGCUACUGUUGCGACCGGCAGAAGAACGGCGGCCUCGUGCACUGGUGUUGCAGCCGCUGACGCUGCGAUCCAUGCUGGCCAUCAUUUGCUUGCGGAGGAAUGGAUUGUUGGAUUGGGCACCAAAAUCCAUAGGGGUGGCGUCCAGAAUGCUAGCAGUAGUGACCAUGUUGUUGUUGCCGCCAAAGGGAGUGGAACCAGCAGAAAACUUGGACUGCGGCUGCAAUUGUGGUGCAGUGAUGUUGCCACUAACGCUGCCGAUAGAACUUCUUUUGUUCCGAAGAAAGCUCUGCAAGGGAGUCUCUUUCCUUCCGGAUCCAAUGACAGAUGAUAUGUUCGAAUUGCUGUUCGCUGCGGUUUCGGCAAAGAUAGAAGACGGCUGCUGCUGCUGCUUUCUGAGGGCAUUGUUUGUAUUGCUGCUAUUGUCAUUCGUUAUGCUGGUAGAAAAGGGUGAUGGCGUUGGGUCGAUAGCGAUUGGUGUCGGAGCAAAACCGAUGGGCAUUUGCGCCAUCUGUGACAAGCCCAUCUGCUGCUGUUGCAGUCGCUGUUGAAACUGAUUACUCAAAGGAAGUUGCCUCUGCUGUUGCUGCUGACCCGCCUUAGCUUGCAGAGAAUUCAAACCAUUUUGCGGCUGUUGUUUCAACGAAUUGCCCAUUCCAAACUGCCUUUGUAUCUCUUGUUGCUGCUGUUGUUGCAGGAUCAUUUGCUGUUGCUGAGCGAAAAACUGCUGGCCUCUAUUGUGGUUUUUCCCCAUACCAGCGCGCUCGAUUUCUUGCAACCUUCGAAUAAGUUUCAUUUUCACUU